AUGUUGGAUGACUUAAAUAUAGAAGAAUCCAAUUCAUCCAAUUUUGAAAUCAAUGAAAUCACUAUAGAUAAUAACAAAAAGAGAAAAUUAGAAAAGGAUGGUGAUUCCAAAUCUCAAGAGCAAUUAGAAAAUCCAAGAAAAUUACAAAACAUAAACGAUGAUGGUAAAAAAAUCUCAAACAAGCCAACACAACAAAAAAUAAAUGAACUUUAUGAACAAAAAACUCAACAUCUUAAAGCAGUAUUGGAAGAACAAACAAAUUGUAAAACAGUCGAAGAAUUAAAAGAAUUUCAAAAAAAAGUAAAUGAACAAUUUGGUAAAGAAUCGGUCAAAAAUCUAAAAUUAAAAAAAAGUUGCUCAUUCUGGCAAAAUGAAUUACAGAAUUUGGAAAUAGAAUUGAAUCAGUACGACAUAUAUUUGACUAUAGGAAACUCAGACAAUUUAAUGAUGAAUAUACAUUUUGAAGAAGAUCCAGAAUCUUUAUGA